AUGCCUCGUCGAACGACGAGGUCGAAAACCGGAGAUGAUGCUGGAGCUGCGCGAGCCGAGCUGCCAGUCCGCUCUCUAGCAGGGCGAAAGCGCAAAAGGCUUGAAGACCUGCCGAAUAUGCCUUUGGAUAUUGUAGUUGAAGUAAAUAACAGUCUGGCCUCUCAUCUUACUCUUCGCACUCAUUUCUCCGCGAAGAUACUGUUGUACCUCGAGCCACUCGACCUGCUGCAUCUGGCACGCACAAGCAAAGCUUUUCGCGCGGUGCUCAUGAACCGCAGCAACGCGUUUUUGUGGAGGACUGCCCGCCAAAACGUCGAGGACUUGCCCGAGUGUCCCUCAGGUUCAUGCGAGCCAGCCUACGCCAAUUUUCUUUUCUGCACAUACUGCCAUGAAUGCAGCAAGCCCAACAGCCAGCAUAUAUACUGGGACCUUAUGGCUCGCUACUGUCGACAAUGUGAAACAAGAUUGCACAAGUGGGCUGACAAGGUAUGCCUCGAUAGCGUGAUACAUAGGGCGCACCAUGUUUGGAGAAUAUUUUCCUCGAUGAAACUCGAAAGAGACAUUCAGGACGUGGAUCCUUGCGAUCUCUUGCGGAUGUGGUCGAAGAGACCUGUCAACCGACACGACUCCUACUAUAUGAUACGUAAUCACUAUGGUUACAUUUUGGAAUCGGACUAUCGGCGUAUGCAAGGCAUCUUGUCCGCCAUGACCUUGCAGGAGAGGACGGGAUAUAUUGCCAUGCAAGUUCACUAUUUGGCGAAAUGGAGAGAACUAGUCCCCACUCUUGUCCGCUGGUUUCGGUCCAAGCAGAACGCGAGGAAGGCGGAGCUUGAUGUCGCCCGUAAAGCUCGGCAGCAGCAGUGCGUUUCUGGCAUGGCCAUUGUUUUCGCACUCACAGCUUACCAUGCUCUCAUGCUCAGGAUUUGCCAGCGGUUAGCAGUCCUCGGAUGGCAGGAUGAACUGGAAGCGAUGUCACAGGAUGUCCGGACAAAGCUGUUUAGUCUACCUGUCGCACAACAACCCAAAGAGCUUACUGAUCGAGUGUGGGAGAAAAUUGCGCCUCCUUUAUUGGAAUUCAUGGAGCAAGUGAAACAGGAACGCCUCCGACAGGAACAUCUAGGCGCACUAAAGGAAAGGUUUACGAUCUUCGAUCGCGUGCUGCCGGCACGUUACUCGUACCGGCCAGGCGAGCCAUCUGAGCUUGAUAUUGCACUGGGCAUCUCGCAGCUACGAGAAGUGAUUGAUAGCCCAUCAGAAGCGACAGUCGACGAGGGUAGCUUCGACUUUCUACAGGAGGCUUUGCCACCGUUCGUGGAGAAUUGGAAGAAUGAGCGAGAUUCACGUCUUGCCGCGCUGGUAACCCAAGACCUUGAAGACAUCGAUCCCUCCGCCGAUCCUCUAACCCUAGCGGUAGCUUGUCGCUUCACCUGCAAGGCGUGCGGCAGUGCAUCGGCUCAUCCUCAAACACACCGGUGCAGGUGCGUUAGUCCGACUACGGAGCAGGACGACGUGUAUUGCAACGCCGCUGUCAAGAGCUUGGCCAAACAAUACUGGACGCCGAGUACUUUCGAAACCAAUGUCUCAAGGCUGUCGUCAAUUAUUCGUAUAUGCGGCUACGACCCAGCACGGACGACUUUAGAAGACCUAGAAGGUUCGGCGGUUCGCUUGGCUUGCAAGUCUUGUGAUCCGGAGGCAGGUGCUCUGGUGAUGACCUGGUUUGCAGCGUUCCGUCAUCUUCUUUCGGAACAUGAUGAAGAAUUUCAUGCCGCGGCGAAGAGUCUGUACGUCGUUUCCGAACGACAUGCGGAUGUGGCCAGAGAACUGGAGCGAGCCUACGUCAAGCAUAGCCACACCCGCUGGGCGACCUCUCCUCCUUGGUGGCAAUGCGGAAGCUGCUCACAGAAGACUAGUACAACCAGAACAGACCGCACAGCUAUAGUGAGACAUCUACGCAAGAAACACAACGUCGAGCGCCCGAAGGAAAAUCGCGACUUCUGGCAUGAGGACGAACGUGUCCGCACGCGAAACCCCCGCGAAGCUCAAGUCUAUUUGUUGCAGGGCAGUAGCAUGACGUCCAUCCUAGACUUGCCCCAUGAACAGCAGACCGCUGUGCAGAAUGGGUAUGGCCAGUUCUGCGAUUUUCUUUGA